AUGCUAGGCAUCCUUCUAUUCGCCAUUAUUGGCGUGAUUGGUGGCUUUUGCCAAACGACGCACAGCACUAGCCCUUUCGCUUACCAGGGCUGCGCUUCUAUCGACCCAUCUUGCUUCGGCAACGCCUUGGUGUUUUCUGACGGCCGCCUGACUCCUGAGUCGUGUCAACAUGCCUGCCAAGGUCACCAAUUCGCUGCUCUUCUUCCUGAUUCUUGCCGAUGUGGAGAUGACGCGAAUGGUGUUCAACCAACCGACGAGACCAAGUGUGACUAUCCAUGCAUGGGAGACAGCAUUCUCGGCAUGUGUGGGAGCAUCUGCCCAGAAAGUUCACCCGUCAUUGCCAACAUUUACACGCGAGUCACACCUAGUCAGGCACCAGCAUAUGGAGACCCAACGAGCGCUCAGUCCUCUGUCGCUGCGGCUGAGACUUCUUGUACAUCCACCGAUGUCUCGUCAGUUGGAGAACCGUCGCAGCCUCAGCGAAUUACGCCAGAAGGACCAGCACCAGGAAUUCCAACAGUUGAUCCUGCAUCUGGAGACCCAGCAGCAACGGUGAAUCCAACCCUUGGCACUCCCGCGUCUCAGAGUCCUCAAGAAUCUCCAUGCGCUACUGAGAGCAAUACUGGCUUAAUCACGCCUUCUCAAGCCCCCCAGGGACCUCUGACACCAACGGGUAAUGCACCGGAGCCCAAGACAUUCUCCAACCCGAACCAACAACCAAAUGCGACACCUUCUGCCACUACACCAAACUGCCAGUUGCCUCAUCCAGAUUCCUAUUCUGGAGAGAGCAUUCCGGGGUCUCCAGGUGGAAACCCUGGUGGAGUGAGCUCAGAGAAUAACUGUGAUCCUGCUGGGGGACCAAAUCUAUCUCCCGUCGUUUCCCCUGAGAGCACUCUCUGGCCGUGGCCAAGCAAGAAACCGGAGGGUGACCCUCCAGUUCCAUCCCACGUCCCGGCUUCAGAUUCCCCUUCUGGGUUCAUUCCUCCUCUUUCUGGUGGAGGAUUUAUCUUGCUGGCAGCAGUAAUUAUCUGGUAA